AUGUCGACCACCACCGCCGCCGCCGACGACCUUAUCCUACUCACACGACGCUUCCUUCGAGACCUCCAGAACGCCUGCCGUGCACCUACUCGCGAAUCCGUCGUCAGGGAGGUCAGGGUCGCCAUGAGACAGUUUGAAGAGCAGGUGGACGAGCACGCGAAGGUGCCCGGCGAAGCGGGCGAGCUGAUGAAGCAGAUGGCGGCUGCGAUUGCGAGACUCAGCGACAAGCUGGAGGAGGGAGGCGAUGGAGAGGCGUCGGAGCCUGUGUCUGACGCGCUGGGAACGGCGUGGAGCGUUGCUCAGCGAGAGGGGGCGAGGGAGAAGAAUCGCUUCGGGGAUCAAGGGAGGGGAAGCGGCGAGGAGGAACGCAGGCGCAGGGAACGGCAGCGAGAGGAGGCAAAGGCGGAGCUGGAGAAGAUGGAGCCAGAGCGCAAGUUGAGGGAACGACACCCACAGGAGUGA